GCUUGCUCUCUCGCUCUCGCGCUGCUCCACUCAUUCUGAAAUGACGGCGUAAAUUUCGUAAAGAUGGCCAGCGAGACGAGUGCUCCCGCUCCCGAGGGCUUUUUAACGUCAAUUUUUAAUGAAAUUAUCAGCAGUCCGUUGAAUUUAGCGCUAGUCUUUGUCAUUUGUUAUCUUAUUUACAAAAUUUUUAAGAGUCGCAAUGAAACGCCUGUACAAGUUGCCCCUGAACCCCAACUGCCGAAACUCAGGAAAGAUUUCACCGUGGAAGAGAUGAAGAAAUUUGAUGGCAACGGCCCCGACGGAAGAAUUCUAGUUGCUGUCAACGGCAAAGUGUUUGAUGUGACCAAAGGAAAACGCUUUUACGGGCCAGGUGGACCUUAUGCUGCAUUUGGUGGUCGUGAUGCAUCAAGAGGAUUAGCUACUUUCUCUGUGUCAUGCGAGAAAGAAGGCUAUGAUGAUCUUAGUGACCUUAACCCCCAAGAAAUGGAGUCCGUGCGUGAAUGGGAAAUGCAGUUCACUGAGAAAUACGACUAUGUUGGACGCCUUUUGAAGGAUGGUGAAGAGCCUACCAACUACUCUGAUGAGGAAGAUGACAAAGACAAGUAAACAUUUGUAUUGUAUUUACUUGAGUAUAAGGCAUAAAACUGGUGGUCCCUUUGGUUUUUAAUUUUUAGUUACUAUUCCUGGACAAUUUAUAUGGUCUUUAUUAAACAUUGAGUUUUUAAACUAUUGAGCAAGUCCAAACUUUCAUGAUUGCUUAUAUUGGGGCCGUAUCUUGCCAGUUAUACUUGUGUGAGAACUAUGAUACUGCAUUGAUAGCAGUAUUUUGCAGAAUAUAAUUGAAAAUUAUUGAAACGGCCUACAACUAAAACUAAUGCACAGAAAAAGAGCAAGGUGUGUUAUAAAAAUUAAUUGUUUUUCCAGGAAUCAAAUGGGAAUUGGUUUUGUUAUAUCAUCUCAAAUCAUCUGCCUCUGUUAUUUUCUUCUUUUUUUUCCUGUGCAAACGAAUGACUGUUUCAAAGUCAUUUGAAUUCAUUUUCUCAGAAAUUGAUUUGUUUUGAACUUGCCUUUAUUGUAAUUUGUGAAUGGUUCAAUUUUUAUUUCGGCUGUUAUUUCUGUUAGCUCAUGGAUCUGUCCUAUGAGUGAAAGGGAGUUACGUACUUCAUACAUUCUUCAUGUUUUUAAAGUAGUCAUACUUCAUCAAACUCAUUCUCAAAUUUCUCUGUUGUGGCUGUGAUAAUAGUUCUUUUUCUUAUUGUGAGAUAAGUUAAAAUGGUUCAUUCAUUUUGAGGAUCGUAAUUUUUCAAUGUUUGUAAAUUACCUUGCCUAUUUGUUUUUCUUCCAUUCCUUUAAGUAUUAUUUUCUGUUGGGUCAAUUCUAUGAAGAGGAUCGCAAAUGGAAGCAAAUACUUAUUUUGUCAUGAGGGCAUAGUGAUACAUCAUUUAAUGAAGGGGAAAUUAUCCACUGCCUUAUAUUCAAGUGUAAAUACAGUAUCAUAACUUUUGUAUCUCAAGCGGUACAUUUUUUUCAAAAAGAAAAAAAGUUGUAUUGCCUUUUGACAUGUCAGAAAAAUUUUAAUUUGUAGUCUGUUCAAACUUAUGAAUUUCAAGAUCUUUCUUAGAUACUGUGUUUUGACAUUUCCCACCUCCAUCUGCUUCUUAAGUUUUAUAUUUUAUUGGUAAAGGGAUAUCAUAAUGGUAGCUUAUGCUUUUCUUGCAGAGAGUGCGCGUGAGCAAUGUGUAUCUUGACAAUUUUCUGCAGGACGUUUGAUGUUGACUCUUUUAUUCUAAUGAUGCGCUACUGAUAGCCUCUUUCAGUUCUGCCAUAUUUAGUACUUACAUGCUGUAACAUUUUAUGCUAUGAAUUUUAUUAAACUGCAAAGUAAUACAAUUUUGAGUCAAGCAUCAAACAUGUCAAGUGACACCGUAUGAAUGGAAUUAUCUUUUCUGUUCAUACUUAGCAUUUUGUUGAACAUGGCUAUUUCAGAACCCAGAAUGAGUGUUCCAUAAAAACAAAAUUUCCAAUAUUAUUAUUUUUAUUACUUUAUAUCGUGAAUAACAUGUGUACCUUCCUAGAAAACCUUUUUUUGUUUGUGUGUGUGGAUCAUGUGAUUGGAACUAAGUUUAUGGCUUAAUAGCUUCUGCUUGGUGGAGGUAAAUUACUUCACGAGUCUCCUAUUGUGGGAAGAGAAAUAAUUUUCUACAUCUUUGAAAUCGUAUGUGAUCUGCUGUGUGUGCUCUAGUUUUUUCCUAAAAGGAGUUUUGUAGGUUUCCUUGUUACUGAACUGCACACUUUUAUCACUCCAAAAUAAUAAAAAAAAAGGAAACUUCUUUUUGAACUCAGUAGCUUUGACAUUCUCCUUCUUAAAGCAUAGGUAUAUCCCAUUCCUCAGGGGCUGGUGAGAACUAUACAGUGACAUCAUAUGUUUGCCACCCUUGAUUGUCUGUAUUGCGAAAUCCAUGGUCACAAUAAGUAUGAGGUAAGGCCAUGAUGGUUGUCUACCUGAGUGAGUGCUUUGAUAAGAUGUUACUGUAUUUUUUUUCUAACCAAAACAUGACUUUACCAAAGUGAAUUCCAGUAGAAUGUUGGAGCAUUUUUGUAUCAAUCUAAGAUAUGUUAUAAUUGCAGCAUGGGCUGUUGUGCUGUCAAGUGGAUGCAUUGGUUAUUUGUAUGAAAGAUUCCUUAUACUCUUUUUCUCUGUACCUUUGCUGUUUCCUUUUUUUCUUAAAAUGUUUUAAAAUCUAUUUUAAUUUGUUUUCAAGUUGGACCAGUCGGAAACAAAAUGUGGUACGACCUCAGCUUACUAGAUGAUUUUCACUUGUAUUUUCUGGCUAGUCAGCUGAGCUGUCGAAUAUCAUAUUGUGCAUAGUCAUGACCAUACUGCCUUCUGUACAAAUAAUCUAUGCUGAUUGUUGUUGUUGAUUUUUUUUAAGUGUUCUGCAUAAUACGAUUUUUACUUUUCAUGUUAGUACAGUAAUGUCCUGCUUAAUAUUUGCUCCAUAUUAAUUAUAAGUUAUGUGUACCAUAGCAUUGUUUAAUGUGAUCACUUCCAGACUCAUUCAAGACUACUGUACUGUAUCUUUUUGUAGUUAGGUUUUUAUUUCUUUUGUUGGUCCCUUGGUUUAUUUUGGUCUUUUUCUGACUGAUUUCCGUUGUCAUGAUUAAUGUGAAGAAUAAUAUGCACCCAAACCAACCAUCAUGUCCUGUUUAGAAAUAAAGUGUAUUUUUCCAUUUA